CAAACUAGAAAAAUUGUACGUCUCUUUCCUCGACCUCUUCUAUCAAACUUUUGAACGAAAAAAUGCUCGCAUCGUGUUCAUUUCAACGUGCUCUGCCAUACAGCUCGGAUACAAUGAGUUGGAAACAGGAAAGUUCUUACUACAAUUGGAUAGCGAAAUGUUUUAAAAAAAAGGAUUGCCAUGACUUUCGAGUACGGUGUCGAGAACGAUCUUGCCAACAGCGCCUUAAAUACGCGUCGUACUGUUCUUUUGCUCAACAUUUACAUACUAAGCAUGAAAAUGUUUAUAACCAUGAGAUGAAGAAUAUUUUCAAGAAGGACUGGAAGUUUUAUCGGCUAACAGAAAGCAACAACAUACAGUGUAUUUCAUGUAAUACAGUAAUGAUUGAAUUUCGAGAAGAUAACUAUUUAUUGGACCACAUAUCCCUUGAAGAAGUUUACCGUAAUGAUAGAGAACGAAUGUUCUACGAAAAUCAAUAUUGGAUUUGGAAAUACUUAGACCAAGUUGAUGAUUUCUCUGCAAAAUGUAAUCUUUGUCGAGAAAGUGUAAAAGUUUGUUUGAACAUUGAUGAAAUGAAAAACCACUUCAUCAAGAAUCAUAGAAAAAGGUGGCUAUUAUUAGUGCUAAGAAGAGAGUGGUGGGGUAAAUCACGAGACAAACAGUCUUGGGAUUAUCAAACUGACCAUUAUGACUGGUUGGAGAAAUGUUUUACAAGUUCUACGCAUUUUGGAGCAACUUGUAAAUUUUGCAACCGCAGACUGCGAGCUAUCAAUAUUGACAAGAUUAAGAAACAUGUAAAACAGCAUACAAUGAUUUGUAAAAUGGAUAAGGGAUCAAUAAAACUUGCAAAGGAAGUAACUGAUAUGGAUAUCUGGCGAUGUUUUAGAUAUACGAAAGAUGAAAACAUACAAUGUUUUUUAUGUUGUUUCGUUCUGGAGUGGAAUUCAUUAGUUAAAGACAUGAACACUCACUCACAACUGCAUUCUUUCAAAAACUUUUAUCAACGUGAUAACUACUAUCACUAUAUAACUAAACAACAUUUUACUCUCAAAUACAUAAGACAAAGUGAUGAAGAAUCUGCGGUAUGUACGAUUUGUAAAGAAUAUGUACAAUAUUCUUUUGACAUCCCUCGCUUAAAGAGACACGCAAUGACUCAUCAAGAGGAUUGGAAAAGAAUACAAGAAGAAUUAAAACGAGGGACAGCACACGAUCAAGGUGGACCAUCGACAAGUCAUGGAAAAUGAAAAAAAAUGAUUAUUUAUCUACACAGAGUUUGAAAAUUGGAAACGAUAAGGGCAUUUUUAAGGAGCAUCUCACGAUCAGCUAUAACGACAAUCUUGACAUUGACAAGUGAUUUGAAACAUUUGAAGACAUUAGCGUAUUUUGACUUAUUUAUCGCAUAUCCGUUUGGUGUUUUUAUAAAUGUACACAAUUUGUAAAUUUAAAUAUAUAUAUUCAUAAAUUUAUGAUUUAACACAAUAAUU